AACACUAACCAUUACGUCACACAAUUUUGGUGACGGCCGGAGGGACGGCAAAAUUUUUUUUGGUGGCGUUCUAGACGGGAUAUUUUUAGAAAUUGCUGUUGUAAUAUUCGUGUUGACGAAAAUCAAGAAAGAAUAGUCCCACAAAGAAGAGCAAAAUGUCGAAUAUAUCAAAAAGAAGACGGGAGGGCUCUCGAGCCAAGAUCAAGAGCAUGGGCGAUCAUAAAGAAUUCCUCAAGCGCAUCACCAAGACCCUGUACUACGGCCAGCUUCCCUCGCUGCCCUGCCUCAGCCUGCCUGUCACUGAGAUCUCGUGCGAGGUGUGGUCGGCGUGGCAGCGCGGGCGCUCGGUGCGGCGGCUGCAUGCGGACGCGGCGGCCAGCAUCGCGCGGCACGCGUGCGUGUCUCCCGCCGCGCUCGUGCUGGCGCUGCUGUACCUGGAGCGCCUGCGCAGCGCGCGCCCCGACUACCUGACGGCCACGCCACCAGCCGACCUCUUCCUCGUCACACUGAUGGUAAGCAACAAAUUCCUGCAGGAUGAUGGAGAAGACGAAGAGGUAUUCUGUUCAGAAUGGGCGGCAUCUGGCGGAAUGGGUCUGAAACAGCUCAAGAAAUUAGAAAUAGAAUUCCUAAAUGCAAUAGACUGGAACAUUUUUGUUAACGAAAAGUCUUUCGAAGAGGGUUUGCAACGACUGGAGCGGCGAGUGGCGCUGAAGCAGGCGCAGCUGCACGGCUUCUUCACGUACACGGACCUGGCGGGCGCGUGCGACGCGGCGCGGGCGGCGGCCAUGCUGCGCGCGCUGGGCGGCGCCGGGCUGGCCGCCGCCGCGCUGGCCACCGCCGCCGUGGCCGCCGCCACGCUGCUGGCCGCCGCCGCCGCGCUGGCGCUGCUCGCCGCGCCCGCCGCCGUGCCCGCGCCCGCCGCCCUGCUCGAAGCCAACGUUGUACCGCACUCUCUCCGGCCACCCGUAAUCUUGUCCCGAUACAUGCCCAACUCCACCGCCGACUCGCUCGCUGAGGAAGUACUCCCGGCAGAGCCCGAAGCGACUAAAAUACGAUGCUGCCCGACGUGGCUGAGGUGCCGCGAGAACGCUUCUGACGGAACCGGCGGCCGGUACGACGAUACGGCUGUGCGAGAUUGGAGGUCGUUUGAAUCGUGGUGGUCCAAAACGUCAGUCUUCAACUGGCUGUACCAGAGCUCUCUCGUCAAUCCGAUAAGGCGGUGGUUGGAUAGAAUUCAGGAGUAUGCAGAUCUGUUCACUCGCGAGUUGUAUGAGGAAUCCACGAAAAUUACAGAAAGGUGUCAAGAUUAUGAGAAAGCUAUUAAAUACACGAACCAACAGAAAUGUGUGCGUCAAUGGCUAAAUUUGAGCAAGUUGAGUGCCCUGGUUGUGUCGAUGUCUGAUCGGUAAUGACGGUGCAAUGCUCAAUGCGUAUAAAUAAAGAUGACGACGACGCUGAACACGGCUCAUUAUAUUAUCGCUAAACAUAUUCAGGCAUAUCUGUUUGCUUAUAUUUUUGUCCUAUAGUCCUGUGGUUAGUCUUGAAAAACCCAAUCUAAAAGCAAUGUGUCUCGUUACAUCACUGUAUGGUUAGUGACGCUCCACUGAUGAGCCACCUCCUGUAUAUUACGAUGUAUGCUUAGUGUAACUGGUUGACGUGACAUUGAGAGGAUCCUGACUUGUUGCGAUCCCAGAGUAACUGUACCUGACUGUACUAUACUCUACAACAUGAACAAGUUUCCUACAUGUACAAACUAUCUCUCGUUAAAUGGUUUAACAAUAUUUAUACUAUGUAUAUUUUUGUAUGUGAUGUAUUUGGAUGUAUGAUGUAACUCAAUAAAUGUCAGAUUAUGUCCACAGAA